AUGUUUCACUCUUGGAGUUCGGAUUUGUUUCAACUUUGUACCUACAGGAAUAAACCGCUUAAUGUAGAAGGAUCUGUUAUGCUCAAUAGGCAUAUUCGCUUGCUACUUUGCAAUUCAAGCAUUGGGUUGUCAAAUAGGACACUUCCGCUGAUCAGCUGUACUUAUCACAAUUCAUCCCAGUUCUACUGUGCCUCAAAAGUGGAAGAAGGAAGUUCAGAAGAUAAUGGAAAUGUAGGAGAAGCUAUUGGUUAUGCUUAUAAUACUGUAGAAAAGAAAAAGGGCCUUUAUAGGCCGAAGCAUACGUUGGAGGAACAAAUAGCUUACAUGAAUAGUAAGGUUUAUGCGGAUACGUAUAAGGGAAUGCCAGUGUAUCAUUUCUACAGGCGUAACUUCAAGGGACAGGCUAUUUUUAUGCCAAAACCACGGAUGUUUUGUGUUGAUAAGGAAGGAAAAUUUCGAGUAAAUCAUGCUUGCCCUAUUUGUCGAGAUGAGUAUUUAUUCUUUGAUUAUCGGAAUCCUGCUUUAAUUCUACAGUUUCUUUUCAAUCAUACUGAUCGCAUAUUACCUCUCAAGAAGUUGGGUUUAUGUUUUGAUCAGUAUACGCAGCUUCGAGCACAAUUACUGAAAGCAAGAGAGCAUGGUUUCAUCAAAUUUGCAGUACCAUUUCAAAAUUUCGACUAUAAAAACUGGUAUCCAUGGUGGGAUAAAGAAGACCAUAUAUAUGUUCGUCGCGAAGUACCAGUGGAAGAAAUUCAUAAGCAACCCCUGGUGAAUUUCCCGGUUCAUAAUCGUGAUUAUAAUAAUGAUUGGGAUCAAUAUUGGUUACGACAUAAUGAAUUUGUACAGCGAUCCAAAUGAAUGUUUAGAUUUCAUCAUGUGCAAAUAAAAUCCUAAUACUA